UGUAAUGCGCACGCGUAUGUAUCCAGUAACCAUGCCAACCACGGGUAACAGAAUGUAAAGUGAGUUAGCACGUCAAACUGCCUCAGUUUCCACAGUUUCCCUCAACUCAGCCUUUUUUGGUGCAAACAUUUAUUGUCGGGGAUAUGGAAACCUCUGUUAUUUUUCCCGGAGAGGCAGAAGGAUAUGUCCAAAAUCUGGAAACAUUCUCACUCAGGGACAUUGGCUCUCCAAGGUGGUUCAGACAGCAUGAGUACAUAGAGAAACUCAACAUGCAGGCGAUAUUGAACGCUUCAGCCACUCAGGACGAGUUCGUCAAGGAGCUCCUUGUGUCACUGGGAAAGAUCCCCACCCUGGUCCAUGAGAUGAUUCUGGUAGAGCUUUGGAAACAGAAGGUGUUUCCUAUUCUCUGUCAGCUCCAGGACUUCAAUCCGAAGAGCACCUUUCCUCUGUACAUGGUGAUUCACCAUGAGGCUACAAUCAUCAACCUGCUUGAGACAAUUAUGUUUCACAAGGACUCCUGUGACGCAGCAGACGACUCAGUCCUGGACCUGGUGGACUACUGCCACCGCAAACUAACCCUUCUGGCCAGCAGAGCAUCAAGAGAUGACACCCCAACCCAAGACAGACUCAGUCACACAGAGAGUGGAGAAUCAUCCUCUAUACAGGAUUUGCAGAGUCAGAAUGCAGCAUUAGAGUUUGAAAUUUCCCUCAAGGCUCUGUCUGUCCUGCGUUACAUCACUGACCAUACGGACAGCAUCAGUGUGAUCAAUAGGAUGCUGUGCACCCAUAACCUGCCCUGUGUGCUGGUACAGCUGGUAGAGCACAGCCCCUGGAGUCGCUAUUCAGCAGGCGUGAUGGAGAAGUACAUUAAUGGAAAAUGGCAGAAGGUUCCAUCCGAAGACCGUCUAAAGAUGACCAAAUUGGACGGCCAAGUCUGGAUUGCUCUGUACAACCUGGUGCUGAAGGAAGACUGCCAAAGGAAAUAUGACUUCAAUAACUUCAACAAGAACCAGCUCUUAAAGCUACGAGGUUUCAUGACAGAGGUGUUAAUUGACCAGCUGCCCAACCUGGUAGAGCUCCAGCGCUUCCUCAGUCACCUCACUGUCACAGACCCUGCCCCUCCAAAGAAAGACCUAAUCUUGGAACAGAUUCCAGAGAUGUGGAACAACAUUAUGCGGGACAAUACAGGGAAGUGGAAAGCCAUUGCCAAGUACCAAGUGAAGGAAACGUUCAACCCCUCGGAGAAGGACCUGAGACAGCAAGCACUCAGACUGGCCCAGACCUAUAACCUGGAUGUGAUGGAGAGUUUGAUCCCUGAGAAGCCCAAGUGUGGAGCCUGUGGGGCCGAGGCUUCUAAGAGAUGCUCUCGCUGCCAGAGAGAAUGGUACUGCCAGAGGGAAUGCCAAGUGAAGCAUUGGUCCAAACACAAGGUUGCCUGCCAGCUGAUGGCUGAAGCCACAGAGAAGCUCCAGAAGGACCUGACCGUAACGCCUACAGAGAGAGAGGCAGACAUAACUGACAUAUUGGACUGA